AUGGAUAUGCCAUCCCAUCUGAUUCUCGCGACUACACGCGAUAUUUUCAAGCUGCCCUGUCGUCAACAUCCUGGUCUGGAUGGCGCCCUGAUCGUUCCUCUCCCACCGCCUCCUCGGUCUGCCGACUCAGACAACGAGAGUGACGACAAUGAAGAAGAAGAAGAAGAAGAAGAAGAAGAAGAAGAUGAUGAUGAUGAUGAAGAUGAAGAUGAUGGCGAUGCGCGUGAAGAGGAAAAUGAGGAGGGAGAAGGAGAAGGAGAAGGAGAAGGGCAGGGCGAACGGAUGGAUAUUGAUCGACGUACCCAGGAAACCUCGUCUGGUCAUCGCACUGAGAACCAAACUAGCAGUGUAGGACAAGGCUAUGGAGCUCCCCCGAAAGAAGAACCUGAGCCCAAGGAUUACACUCUACUACUCUCUUCUAUUCGUGACAGAAGGCCAUGUGUUAUUAGGCGGGAAGACGGAUUUGAGAAGCGUUUGCUUUGGAGAUGUGGGAGGUGUCGCCUCAUAUUCGGAUACCAGAUCUACGACGAGGGCCUUGAGGAAUUGUCCAAAGGAGAAGAUGACGAAAUCAAUAAGCAGAAGAAAAGCCAGUCUAACAAGAACUAUUAUGUCUAUAUUCUUCCUGGAGGGCUCACAACAGCUGCUGGCAUGGGGUCUCUAACAGAACGUGAUCUCCAGUUAGUUGAGGAGUAA